AGCCUGGCUGUGGCGCGAUGACCACGCUCCGGGCCUUCACCUGCGACGACCUGUUCCGCUUCAACAACAUUAACUUGGAUCCUCUUGCAGAAACUUAUGGGAUUCCUUUUUACUUACAGUACCUUGCCCACUGGCCAGAGUAUUUCAUCGUCGCAGAGGCUCCUGGCGGAGAACUAAUGGGCUAUAUUAUGGGCAAAGCAGAAGGUUCAGUAGCUAGGGAAGAGUGGCAUGGACAUGUCACAGCUCUGUCUGUCGCCCCUGAAUUCCGCUGUCUUGGCUUGGCUGCUAAACUUAUGGAGUCACUAGAGGAGAUUUCAGAAAGAAAAGGUGGAUUUUUUGUUGAUCUCUUUGUAAGAGUGUCCAAUCAAGUUGCAGUCAACAUAUACAAGCAGUUGGGUUAUAGUGUCUACAGGACAGUCAUAGAGUAUUACUCAGCCAGCAACGGGGAACCUGAUGAGGAUGCCUAUGAUAUGAGGAAAGCACUUUCUAGAGACACCGAGAAGAAAUCCAUCAUACCAUUACCUCAUCCUGUAAGACCUGAGGACACUGAAUAACCAUAGGCAGUGGUUCUUAGGCAGGUGUUCCAGACAAGUUUGUGGACAUAUUAUUUUCAUAGGAUGAUCUUGGAGCUCUAUUAGGAGGAAAGUAAUCAUUUAGGUCUUAAAGACUUCAUGAAAAUACAGGCUAUAAACUUCAAA